GUUCAUCAGAUGUCGCUUAGUGAGAGUGAAAUAAUGUUGAAAUUGAAAUUAGUAAGAUAAAAAAUUUCCUCAAAAUUUGUUAUUCUCACGUAUUCAUCAAUCUUAUUUCGAAGUAAAAAAAAUGAUAGCGUGUAGAGGUUUGAUUUCUAAUAUUUAUAGGUUAUCUACGGCUCCUACAGGUAUACUUGCCAGGAAAAAUAUUUACCCUGGAGCAAGUAAUAAUAUUCACACAACUCCGAUUCUAUGGGCUGAACCCCUAAAGAAGAAAAAAAAGUUGGACCCUGCUGUAGUACGAGCUCGAGAAGAGAGGAAAAGGAAAAAAAUUGAAAAACAAAUCCGCAGAUUGGAAAAAAAUGCUAGACAGUUGAAACCUCUUGAAGAAUGUGAGAUACCACUUAAUAUCAUUGAUGAAAGGGACAUUCGAACAAGGAGUAAUCCCCCCUUACCUGAAGAAGAAUUGGAGCGCAGAGCACUCUUAGAAAAAUCCUGGUCCAAAUACAAACAGAAUCAUCAUUUAAGAGAUAUUAAGAUGUUGGAUCGUAUAUUAUUUUCCCAACAGAAAGCAUUGGAUGAACUACGGGCAGAAUCAGAAGAAUUAUAUCAAGAAGCCAUUCAGACUGACUUUCAUCUUAUACCCUUCAAAAGUGAAGGACCUGUGCAAACUCCACCGAUUGAUAACUAUGACGUACCUGAUGGUGAUUAUUUGGAUGUCUCUAGAAAAUGGGAUUAAUUGAUGCCAGACAAUUUUCCAGUUAUUUAUACAUCAAAGCAAAUAAAUAUUCUUGUGUCCAA